CAAAACAUACUACUGUCCUUCCACUCUUAUUUUUCAUUCAUUGUCCUCCCUAUAAAAAUCUUGCAUAGCUUAUGUACUUGAUUAAUUAAAACAAUAACCCGCAGUGUAUUUUCCUAUGAUUAAUCAACUAAAACUACGGGGGAGGGAGGUAAAUGUAAUGAAAAGUUAAAGUAGAUGAAGGACUAUGGUAUGGUUUGGAAGAGUAGAGGGAGGUCUUUGAAUGAAAUUGAUUUGGUGAGAGGGCAGGCUGUGUUUUUGGGACGUGGCUGGGAGGGUUCUCACUCGGAAGCGGUUCAUUGUGCCAUGGAUGGAGAAGACUCUGGCAGCGGUCAGAUGUGGAUUGGGUGGUGGCAGAGGGACUGUGGCAUUUUGACAAUUUCGCAGGGGGUUGAGACUCCGAGAAGGGAGGAGGUGAAUCUGGUUCCUUUUUGGGUGCGGAUCUAUGGGGUUCCACUGAGGAGGAUGAUGGUGGCUACAGCUGGUGUGCUAGGACAGUCCAUUGGCGGAGUGGUGGCGAUUGAUGCUGGUGAAGGAAGGCCGUGGAGCAUGGAUUAUUUGAAGGUGAAGGUGGAGGUGGAUGUGCGCCGCCCGUUAAUGCGAGGGCGUCGGGUUCUGUUGGAGGAUGGGUCAAGUAUUUGGGUUAGUUUUAGGUAUGAACGUCGAUUCAAUUUUUGUUAUACCUUUGUUUGGGGAGUGGCGACGAGUGCCGCGGCUGAUACAACAACCACUAUAGAGUUACAGCAGUAUGAUCUCAACUCGAUUGAAGCUGUAACAAACAACUUCUCAGACAGUAAUAGACUAGGUGAAGGUGGAUUUGGGGUGGUUUACCAGGGUAGAUUUCCUAAUGGACAAGAAAUAGCUGCGAAGAAGAGGUUAUCGAGGAGGUCUGGCCAAGGAGUUGAAUUCAAGAAUGAGGCUGUGUUGGUGGCUAAGCUUCAGCACCGAAAUCUAGUGAGACUAUUAGGAUCCUGUGUGGAAGGAGAAGAGAAGAUACUUGUUUACGAAUUGGUGCCCAACAAGAGCAUUUACUAUUUUCUAUUCGUUCUGUGUCAUCUACUUGGUGGGAAGCAUUUUUUGGAGGGGACAACCGCCGCACAAAGGGUGAGCAGAUUUUGGAGAGAAGGGGGCGGCAGACAAAAAGAAAGAGAGAAAAGGUCCCGAUUCUUCUCCCUUCUGGAACCCCAAUUUCAGCCACCGUCACCAUCAUCUUUCCUGAUAGCAGCGCAACCUCCCUUUGUGUCUCCGAUCAUCUUCUCCUCCGACCUCCUCGCGUUUCUUGCAUCAGAAGUAGCAGGACAGAUCCGCAGUCUUCUUGUCCGCCUCUCCAGCUUCUUCGUACACAUCAAUCCACAGCCGCAGAGCAUCUUUUUCAUCUUACAGCAACCGGGCAGCCCUUGGAAUCCACCGGCCUCUUCCAGUUUUCAGUCAUCUGUUGCUCCCUUUUCUGUUGGUAUUUUCUCAAUCAAGAGAAGUUUUUGGGCAGCAGUGAGGGGAAUGAUCCGGAUCUGAUCCCGUGAGUGGGACCCUCCAGAUUGGACUCCGAUCGGCCACCCAAAAGCUCCGCCAUUUUCUUGUUAUUUUCUGGAAUUGUUGCUAUUGUUGUUGAGUAAAAUGUUAUGGAUUGAGGUGAAUAAAAUGAACAUUUCAUG